GCACUCUAGGAGAGCCCUUUAUUUCCCUGGGUAACAGAUGUUCUCUUUGCUGUUGGCAGUGCUCGCGCCUCCUGCGCCGCCACCACCACCCAUCCAAGGAUAUGCCUUCAAGCCUCCACCUAGACCCGACUUCGGGACCUCCGGGAGAACAAUCAAAUUACAGGCCAACUUCUUUGAAAUGGACAUUCCAAAAAUUGACAUCUAUCAUUAUGAAUUGGAUAUCAAGCCAGAGAAAUGCCCAAGGAGAGUUAACAGGGAAAUAGUGGAACAUAUGGUCCAGCACUUUAAAACACAGAUCUUUGGGGAUCGGAAACCAGUGUUUGAUGGAAGAAAGAAUCUCUAUACAGCGAUGCCCCUCCCAAUUGGGAGGGAUAAGGUGGAGCUGGAGGUCACGUUGCCAGGAGAAGGGAAAGAUCGCAUCUUCAAGGUGUCCAUCAAGUGGGUGUCCUGUGUGAGCUUACAGGCAUUACAUGAUGCACUUUCGGGGCGGCUGCCCAGCGUCCCCUUUGAGACGAUCCAGGCCUUGGAUGUGGUCAUGAGGCAUUUGCCAUCCAUGAGGUACACCCCCGUGGGCCGCUCCUUCUUUACCGCCUCCGAGGGCUGCUCCAACCCUCUUGGCGGGGGCCGAGAAGUGUGGUUUGGCUUCCAUCAGUCCGUCCGACCUUCUCUUUGGAAAAUGAUGCUAAAUAUUGACGUCUCAGCAACAGCGUUUUAUAAGGCACAGCCAGUGAUCGAGUUUGUUUGUGAAGUUUUGGAUUUUAAAAGUAUUGAAGAGCAACAAAAACCUCUGACAGAUUCCCAAAGGGUGAAGUUUACCAAAGAAAUCAAAGGUCUAAAGGUGGAGAUAACGCACUGUGGGCAGAUGAAGAGGAAGUACCGAGUCUGCAAUGUGACCCGGCGGCCCGCCAGUCACCAAACAUUCCCGCUGCAGCAAGAGAGCGGGCAGACGGUGGAGUGCACAGUGGCCCAGUACUUCAAGGACAGGCACAAGCUGGUUCUGCGCUACCCCCACCUCCCAUGUUUACAAGUCGGACAGGAGCAGAAACACACCUACCUUCCCCUAGAGGUCUGUAACAUAGUGGCAGGACAGAGAUGUAUAAAAAAGUUGACCGACAAUCAGACCUCAACCAUGAUCAGAGCAACUGCCAGGUCAGCACCCGAUCGGCAAGAAGAGAUCAGCAAACUGAUGAGAAGUGCAAGUUUUAACACAGAUCCUUAUGUUCGUGAAUUUGGAAUCAUGGUCAAAGAUGAGAUGACAGAUGUGACUGGGCGGGUCCUCCAGCCACCCUCCAUCCUCUACGGGGGCCGGAAUAAAGCGAUUGCCACCCCUGUCCAGGGCGUCUGGGACAUGAGGAACAAGCAGUUUCACACGGGCAUUGAGAUCAAGGUGUGGGCCAUCGCGUGCUUCGCCCCCCAGCGCCAAUGCACGGAAGUCCACCUUAAGUCCUUCACAGAGCAGCUCAGAAAGAUCUCAAGAGACGCUGGAAUGCCGAUCCAGGGCCAGCCGUGCUUCUGUAAAUAUGCCCAGGGGGCGGACAGCGUGGAGCCCAUGUUCAGGCAUCUGAAGAACACAUACGCCGGCCUUCAGCUGGUGGUGGUCAUCCUGCCUGGCAAAACCCCUGUUUACGCUGAGGUCAAGCGUGUGGGAGACACAGUGCUAGGGAUGGCCACACAGUGUGUGCAGAUGAAGAAUGUGCAGAGGACCACGCCGCAGACCCUGUCCAACCUCUGCUUGAAAAUCAACGUCAAACUGGGAGGCGUGAACAACAUCCUACUGCCCCAGGGGAGGCCUCCAGUGUUCCAGCAGCCAGUCAUCUUUCUGGGGGCCGAUGUCACUCACCCACCCGCUGGGGACGGAAAGAAGCCUUCCAUCGCCGCAGUCGUGGGCAGCAUGGACGCCCACCCCAAUCGCUACUGUGCCACUGUGCGGGUCCAGCAGCACCGGCAAGAGAUCAUCCAAGACCUGGCUGCCAUGGUUCGCGAGCUCCUCAUCCAGUUUUACAAGUCCACGCGCUUCAAGCCCACCCGCAUCAUCUUCUACCGCGACGGUGUCUCGGAAGGGCAGUUUCAGCAGGUUCUCCACCAUGAGUUACUGGCCAUCCGUGAGGCGUGUAUUAAACUAGAAAAAGACUACCAGCCGGGGAUCACUUUCAUCGUGGUACAGAAGAGGCACCACACGCGGCUCUUCUGCACUGACAAGAACGAGCGGGUUGGGAAAAGUGGAAACAUUCCAGCAGGCACAACCGUGGACACGAAGAUCACCCACCCGACCGAGUUUGACUUCUACCUGUGCAGUCAUGCCGGCAUCCAGGGAACAAGCAGGCCUUCCCACUAUCACGUGCUUUGGGAUGACAAUCGUUUCUCUUCCGAUGAGCUGCAGAUUCUCACCUACCAGCUGUGUCACACCUACGUGCGCUGCACACGCUCCGUGUCCAUCCCCGCGCCAGCAUACUACGCUCACCUGGUGGCCUUCCGGGCCAGGUACCAUUUGGUGGAUAAAGAACAUGAUAGCGCUGAAGGAAGCCAUACAUCCGGGCAGAGUAAUGGACGAGACCAUCAAGCAUUGGCCAAGGCGGUCCAGGUUCACCAGGACACACUGCGCACCAUGUACUUUGCUUGACAUGUUUAGUGUUUACGAUUGUGUACCGCGUUGGAUUCACAUGAGACCAGCUACACUCAGACCAACAGAUGCCCAGCCCUUCCGUGACAGCCAGCAUUGAACAUGAGACGUCAUUGAUUUUAGUAGAUUCUCCAUUUUCCAGAAUGCCUUCCGUCCCAGAUUUCAAACUUGGAUUUUGAACUGCAGACCUGUAUGAGACCCCAUUGUCGUAGGAAAUAUGGUUUGCCAAAAUCUAUAAGCUGCUUAUUAAAAUAGAGUCCCGUGUUUCCUAAAAAUCUCCUAAAACCAGUCUAUGAACUCAGGGCUUUAAAACAUUUUUAAUUUAUUUGGUCAUUCAAUUACUUGUUUUUAACACACGAUACUAUAUGAAAUUGAUGGGCUCAAACUAGCUGUGAACGUUCUCUGAGAGUGAAAGCAACACAAAACACAAUUGUGGUUUUAAAGCCUUGAACAUUCUGAUGUUGUCACUAAAGUUUAUUUCAAAGUGAUGCUAGUGUGCUCCUGACUUGGCUUACACAAGCUCUUCGGGACCCAAGGGCAGGUGGCCAUGCCGAGGCGCCCACAGGUGGGUCUGUUCUGCCACUGCCUGCCUUUCACUCAGCUUGAAAUAAGGAGCAGUGGCAGAAGAUGGCCACGUGUGUUUACAGCAUGUAUAGGUCCAGAGAGAUUGGCAGACAAGUGCCAUUUUAAUAAAAAUUUAUUUAAAAAAAGAAAGACAAUAUGCUGACAGUCUAAUCAUAAGAUUUGUCCUAUAGGACUGUGACAUUUAUUUUCCAAAGUUUCUAAAGAAUACGGGUCUGUGGUGAUAAAUACAGUACAAUCCUUUUUCACUGUUAUGUCUUUAAUGUAAGAGAAAAAUAUAUAUAUCUGGUUUGCAGUAUUAAUGUGAUUGAUAGAUGAGAUAGAUGCUGUUUUUCAUUUUAUUGACUACGGGGUGCUUCUUGUGAUCUGUUUAGCAUAUCAAGAGUGUUUCGGAGCCUGGACACUGGACCACCUCUUGUGGUUCUCAGUGCUUAAGUACAGGAGUAUGCAAUUGACUUAAUGUGACAGCAACCUGCCCCCCCUCAGUGUAGAUUGUGUAGCCUGUACCUUCAGGAGGACCGAGCGCACUCACGGCAGUCACUUGCCGCCCUCCCUGCCUCCUCACCCCUGUGUGUUGCUCAGCCGAUUAAGCACAAAUGGAAUGUAUUUAUUCUUCCAUUCCUGGGAAACAAGUCCAUGUCUCAGAGUGUACCUCUCUCUGUGUAUGGUUUUGUUAGACAAGUUUCAUAGGAUCUAUGCACUGAAACACACAGAAAGCUGUCGGCGGUGGCUCCCUGUUGGGGGUGAGGCCAGCGUCAGCGACAGAGCCCUGCCCUCAGGAUAGCUGAUUGUGAAGGCAGCAGAAGAGGCAAACCCUUCUGCUAGGGUUUGCAUUCUGGGCCAGACUUGGGUUUGCCAAUCUAGAAACCAUUGCACUAAGAGUGAUACCAUGGACAACUUGAAAAGGGUAAUAACAGACAGCUCUGUUUGUGCUAAAUGGGCUUUUUGUCCUCGUAGGCAGUUUUAUUAAGAGUCAAAUCCACGUUCAGUGUAGAGAUUCAAGGAAGGAGACAAACCUUCCCCUAGUGCUGCUUUGUGCUCUGUAGGUUUCCUCUCCCCAGCCCGGCCUGACAUUUACCUCUCGCACUGUGGUGGAGUGAGGGUUCCGAUGGGGGUGCCUUGUGCUAGAGUAAGCGCCACCUCUGUAUUCUGGUCUGUUGGCUCCGAGGGGCGGGAGGGGCCAGGGAACCACAGGUGGAGCUGUAAUGGAUAGUUGGCCUGGAUUUUGGCAGUGAUGACAAAGGGAUAACUAUUAUUUGUGAAGAUAUCUACUCCGAGUGGUGUGUGCGUGUGUGUGUGUCUGUGUGUGCAUGUGGGUGUCUUAUUAAUGGCAUUAGUCUCUUCUUGCUGUAUCUUUUUUUUUUUUUUUUUUUUGUCUUUUUAAAUGAUAAGAAGCCUCUGCUCUAAGAAACGUUGCAAUUCCCUGUCAUUUUAUUGGCAAGUGGCACUUUCUUCUAUGUUCAGAAGCAGACUGAUACACUCUUGGCUUAAAUUACCAGGAGCAUUCAAGCUAAGGAGGGAAUCUUUUCACUAAUACACUUUUAAAAUUGAAAUUUAGGUUAGUUUUCAGCCAUUUUUAGGAUCAUCUAGAACCGUGUGUCUCAAAGGUGUGUUUCUAACCGCCUGCAACAGGAUCUCGGUGGUCGGGGCAGUGGUGGUGCUUGG